AUGGAGGGAACAAAAUCACAAAACCAGCAUCAACAACCUUUGGUUUUUGCUUACUAUGUUACUGGUCAUGGAUUUGGUCACGCCACUAGGGUUGUUGAGGUGGUUCGUCAUUUAAUUCUAGCUGGGCAUAUUGUUUAUGUGGUUACAGCAGCACCAGAUUUUGUUUAUACUUCUGCAAUACAGUCACCUAGAUUGUUCCUACGAAAGGUGCUGCUGGAUUGUGGAGCUGUUCAAUCUGAUGCCUUGACUGUUGAUCGUAUUGCUUCGUUGGAAAAGUAUUCUGAGACAGCAGUAAUUCCUCGAGAGAGUAUUUUAGAAACAGAAGUCGAGUGGCUGAAGUCUAUCAAAGCUGACUUAGUGGUUUCAGAUGUUGUUCCUGUUGCCUGUCGGGCCGCUGCAGAUGCCGGCAUCCGUUCUGUUUGUUGCACCAACUUCAGUUGGGACUUCAUCUAUGCAGAAUAUGUGGUGGAUGCUGGAUCUCAACAUCGCUCCAUUGUUCUGCAGAUUGCUGAGGACUAUUCUCAUUGUGAAUUUCUAAUACGCCUACCAGGAUAUUGUCCAAUGCCUGCAUUUCGUGAUGUUAUUGAUGUACCGCUUGUUGUGAGGGCACUGCACAAAUCUAGAGCAGAGGUCAGGGAAGAGCUCGGAGUUGAGGAGGAUGUGAAGCUAGUAAUUUUCAAUUUUGGUGGACAGCCUGCUGGGUGGAAGUUACAGAAGGAAUAUCUACCUCCUGGUUGGAUGUGUGUGGUAUGCGGCGGUUCUGACGACGAAGAAUAUCCUCCUAAUUUCAUCAAGCUUCCAAAAAAUGCUUACACUCCUGAUGUGAUAGCAGCUUCAGAUUGCAUGCUCGGGAAAAUUGGAUACGGCACAUUUAGUGAAGCUAUGGCAUACAAGGUGCCGUUUGUCUUUGUACGAAGAGAUUACUUCAACGAAGAGCCAUUUUUGAGAAACAUGCUUGAGCAUUAUCAUGGAGGUGUUGAGAUGAUUAGGAGAGAUUUGCUGACUGGAUGCUGGCAACCCUACCUUCAGCGUGCCAUUAGCUUGAAACCAUGCUACGAUGGAGGUGUCAAUGGCGGUGAGGUGGCUGCUCGCAUACUGCAGGAUACAGCUCUUGGAAAAAAUCAUGCUUCUGAUAAGCCUUGUGGAGCAAGAAGAUUGCGAGAUGCAAUAGUUCUUGGAUAUCAACUACAAAGAUCUAACAGUAGAAGUAUAGGUGUUCCAGAUUGGUACAAUCUUGCAGAAAACAAGCUUGUUGCUCGUUCAUCAGAAGGUUCCCAAAAAGAAGUAAAUGUAGAAGCUUUUGAGAUUCUUCACGGUGACAUACAAGGUCUUCCUGAUACAAUGGCUUUCUUAAAGAGCUUGGCAGAGCUCGGUGCUGAAUAUGACCUGAAAAAGGAUACUGAGGAUGAAAUACGGGAGAAUCUGGCUGCUGCCGGGCUGUUCAACUGGGAGGAGGAAAUAUUUGUAGCAAGAGCACCUGGAAGAUUAGAUGUCAUGGGUGGUAUAGCAGACUAUUCAGGAAGCCUCGUUUUGCAGAUGCCUAUCAGAGAAGCUUGCCAUGUUGCUGUGCAGAAGAAUCAUCCAAGUAAACAGAAGCUGUGGAAACAAGCACAGGCAAGGCAGCAUGCUGAUCAACAGAAAUCAACGCCCGUUCUAGAAAUUGUGUCAUUUGGCUCAGAAUUGAGUAAUCGUGGACCGACAUUUGACAUGGAUCUAUCUGAGUUUAAAGAUGGUGAGAAGCCAAUAUCAUAUGAGGCAGCAAGGAAGUAUUUUGCCAAAGAUCCAUCUCAAAAGUGGGCAGCAUACGUUGCUGGGACAAUUCUGGUAUUAAUGACCGAGUUGGGUGUUUGUUUCGAGAACAGUAUCAGCAUACUGGUUUCUUCAGGAGUCCCAGAAGGCAAAGGCGUUUCUUCAUCUGCAGCAUUGGAGGUUGCCACCAUGUCUGCUAUUGCUGCUGCUCAUGGUUUAAAAAUUGCCCCUCGAGAUCUUGCUUUGCUUUGCCAAAAGGUGGAGAAUCAUGUUGUUGGAGCCCCAUGUGGGGUGAUGGACCAAAUGGCCUCUGCUUGUGGUGAAAAAAACAAACUUCUUGCGAUGGUAUGCCAGCCUGCUGAGGUACUAGGACUAGUCGACAUUCCUUCUCAUGUGCGAUUUUGGGGCAUAGAUUCGGGAUUAAGACACAGUGUUGGCGGUUCAGAUUAUGGUUCUGUGAGGAUUGGCACUUAUAUGGGCCGAAAGAUUAUAAAAUCUACGGCUUCUGGAUUGUCAGAGGGAAUUAACAAAGAUGACUUCGACAAGGUUGGCGUCGAACUACUUAAUAAUGAGGCUUCAUUAAAUUACUUGUGCAAUCUCCCUCCUCAUAGGUAUGAAGGAGUGUAUGUUGAUAAGCUUCCAGAGACUUUAACAGGAGAAGAAUUCAUAAAGAAAUAUGUUGAUCACGAGGAUUCAGUCACAACAAUAGAUCCCAAACAUACUUAUGCAGUUAAAGCACCAACUAGGCAUCCUGUUUAUGAGAAUUUCCGAGUCAAGGCUUUCAAAGCAUUAUUAACUGCAACUACUUCAGAUGAACAACUUUCUGCUCUCGGGGAUCUUAUGUAUCAGUGCCAUUACAGCUAUAGUGCAUGCGGACUUGGCUCUGAUGGGACAGAUAGACUGGUAGAAUUGGUACAAGAAUUUCAGCACAGCGAGGCUUCCCAAUCUGAAAAUGGGACUCUUUUUGAAAAUGUUCUAAUAGCUUUGAUAUCUAAUCUCCAGAUUCAACGGAGAUACAUGGUUUCCACAGGCUUUAAGCCCUAUGUGUUCCAGGGUUCUUCACCAGGUGCAGGAAAGUUUGGAUAUUUGAAAAUUCGUCGCCGCUCCACCACCAAUUCUCACUUUAAUAAUGGAUGUCAAUAA